UCCUCUGUACAACACAGAGAGUGUGUGAAGUCUCUGCCCAGCCGCUGGCUAUGGCGUCUUUGCUGCCCGCUAUAAAACUGCCACUGCUGCCUCCCUCUCGCCCGCCCAGGUAAGAUCAAACACAAAAAGAGAUUAACGCAUUGCUCCUCUCCAUCCAUCGAUCGAUGCUCGUCCCUCGUAUAGAUAGACAUUAGCUCGCGAGAAAAUAGCAGGCGAAAAAGCAAGCGCGCAUUCAUCGAUCGAGAGGAUCCUAGGAUCAAUGGCGACGAAUGGGAAUGGAUUCGGCCCCCACUCCAAGCUCGACAGCAGCCCGCCCAGCGAUGGCAGGAGCAAGCGCUACAGCCGGAGGAGGAAAUGCCUGGUGUGCGGCGGGAUCACUCUGGCGGUGCUGGUGGUGAUUGGCAUCCUCCUCCUCAUCCUGGCGCUCACCGUCUUCAAGCCCAAGAGCCCUGUCAUCUCGAUCGACUCAGUCCAGCUCCAAUCCUUCAACGUCUCGCUCAAUCUCUUGUCCCCGCGGCUGGAGCUCGGCCUCACGAUGUGGGUGUCGGUCUACAAUCCAAACCGGGCGAGCUUCAAGUACACAAACUCCACCAGCGUGAUCACGUACCACGGCGACGAGGUUGGCAACGCCAGGAUCCCAGCAGGGGAGAUUGGAGCGCGCGGCCGCGAGAAAUUCCCCACCGAUGUUAGCAUCCAGGCGAUGCAAAUCGUUGGAAACUCCAAUCUCUUGCCGGACGUGGCCUCGGGCUCCAUCCCGAUCUCCACCCGGACCGUCGUCUCGGGCCGGGUUAACGUUCUCAACGUUAUCAAGCGCCAUGCUACGUCCACCUCGGUUUGCAAUGUGACCAUCUCCGUGGCCAGCCGGAACGUCCAGGAUUUCAAGUGCUCGCACAAGACCAAGCUUUAGAGGGAUCGAUCGAACGAGGAAUCUUUAGAGUAUCGUGGCAGGAUCAAUGGGCGCGUUAGUGGAAGCUUUAUGAGCGCUUUUCCUUGAUGAGCAAGGUUGGUAUACGUAGGUUUCACUCGCUCGCUAUUCACACAUCUUGUUGUUAUUGUUUCGAUUCUUGCAAGUAGUUGGAGGAAAGUGACUAUAGGAGAAAGAUUUGUACGAUUACGAGUUAUAAUCUCAUGAGUUACGCUAGUAAGAAAA